UGGUCACUAGAGGUGUUCACCUGUCCUAAGUGUGUUGUUUACCUAGGGAUCUGGCCUCUUGAUUUAGUAUGAUCUAUUGGAGGGUUGAAGCAUUUAACUCAAAACAGGAUUAGGAUCAGCAUACACCUGAACAUUAACCUUCAGUAGCUGGACACCAGCGAAUCAGCUGACUGAUUUCUCUCUGUUGCAACAGUUUGAGGAUAGAGAGAAAGAGAAAGAGAUCUGCAUUAGAUUAUCAUCAGGUGCACCCUCUGCCUCCAGUAUAUUCUGAUAUUUGCUGAUAGUUGCCAGUGAUGAGUGAAGCUAAGUUUUCACUUUGUUUGCACCCCACAGGGAGCCGUGAAGGGAGAUAAUCUGCUUCAUUUCAUUGAAAUAUUAGCUGUCCACAGAGUUUUUCAAGGAAUAUAAGCUCUAGGAUUUUUACAACACUAACAUUUUGAACACUCAGUGAAUGAAACAUGAGUGAAAAUUUAUCUGUGUCCCUGGAGGCCAUAACGGACCACUCUAAAAAGAUUGUCAAGUACAAAAGAUUGAGUUUUGUGCAGUCUAACUUGCUGAGCUUGAUGAAGUCAGUUUUUCCUCUUCAGGUGUACAAAGUGGUUGUGAAUUUUGGAGAAGAGUCUUGGUUCAUCUUCAGAAGAUACAAUGAAUUUCACAGUCUUCAUGAAAAGCUGAAGAAAUUGUUUCCCGAGGCAAGCCUUCGUCUCCCAGGGAAGAAGAUUUUUGGGAACUUGGACCCAGAUUUCAUUCAGCAGAGAAGAGAGGGACUGGACAACUUUAUCCAGGAGCUGGUCACACACCCAAAGCUAUCUCAGCAUCCGGAAGUCAGAGCAUUUCUAAAUCUUGAUAAUCCACGAAAUGCACAAGACUCUGUAGACAACUUUGAUGACUCUGAAACUAUGAAUGGUAGGGAUGAUAACCCGGUCAAUUUAGGACCCAGUGAAAAGAAGACUGUUAAACCUAGUGAUUUUGAAUUCCUAAAAGUUAUUGGAAAAGGCAGUUUUGGAAGAGUGCUGCUUGCAAGGAAUAAAAAUGAAGGGAACAUUUACGCCAUCAAAGUGCUACAAAAGCAGGCGAUAAUGAAAAGGAAUGAAGUGAAACAUAUCAUGUCUGAGCGGAAUGUACUGCUGAAAAAUGUCAAACAUCCAUUUCUAGUGGGACUUCACUACUCAUUCCAAACGGCGGAUAAACUGUACUUUGUUCUGGAUUACGUGAAUGGUGGUGAGCUUUUCUUCCACCUUCAGCGUGAGAGAUACUUUCCUGAGCACCGUGCCAAAUUUUACGCUGCAGAAAUGGCCAGCGCCAUUGGUUACCUUCAUUCCUUAAACAUUAUCUACAGAGAUCUCAAACCAGAAAACAUCCUUCUUGAUUCCAAGGGUCACAUAACUCUGACGGACUUUGGACUUUGUAAAGAAGGAAUUGAAGGCAUGGGCACAACAAAUACAUUUUGUGGAACACCAGAGUACCUGGCUCCAGAAGUGUUGCGGAAGCAGCCGUACGAUAAAACGGUGGACUGGUGGUGUCUGGGGGCGGUCAUGUACGAGAUGAUGUAUGGACUGCCUCCUUUCUAUAGUCGUGACACAGCUGAGAUGUACGACAACAUUCUAUAUAAACCCCUCAGACUCCGAACCAACGUCUCACAGUCUGCUAGACAGAUACUGGAUGGGUUACUACAAAAAGAGAAGGAACAGAGGCUAGGUUCCAAGAGAGACUUCACAGAGAUUAAGAACCACAAUUUCUUUGCCGACAUCAACUGGGAUGAUCUGGAUGCCAAGAAAAUUAACCCUCCCUACAACCCCAAUGUGAGUGGUCAGCUUGAUUUGAAACAUUUUGACCCAGAAUUUGUCAGAGAACCUGUACCAGCCUCAGUUGGAAAGUCCAUGGGUAGCUGCAAGUUAGUGAGUGCCAGUGUGAUGGAGGCGGACAACAUGUUCCAAGGGUUCUCCUAUGUACCCCCUGCAGAAGAUGCCUUUAGCUAGGACCAGCUCUCAUCUGCUUCCAACAUCAUCCCAGUGUAUCUAGUCUGUGAUUGGUCACACACAUUACAUCCAAUGAACAAGCUGCUGGUUAAGCACUGCUGACAAGGAGUUCACUUCCUGUGACCAGAGAAAGGAGGUCUUUGAUUUGUUGUUGAAUAACAUUAUUGAAGGAUAUAGUAUAGAGUAAAUGUAUAUGAAGUGCUGCAUGUAGGAAUGAACAGUUUCAGUGGUCAAAUGAAACUUAGUCUUUAAGCCUUCUUUUGUAUCAGUUGAGAGACUUUACAAAUGGAUUUGAUGAGAUGAAAACCGAGAUGCAAGAGUUCAUUUUAUUGUUUAUUUUAUGCCAUGACUGUUGUAAACAUACAGACUCAAAAAAUAUAAUAGGAAGAGAAUAUGUUGACAGUGCCUUAACUUUCAAGUUUUCUGUUUUCUUCUGUUGUGAAGAUCAAUUUCAUGUAUGUUUUAUUUUAUUUUUCAAUGAGAUGUAUUUUUAGUGCCUUUUGCACUUGCUAGCUGUUUUAAGUCAUGUCUGCAAGUAGAACAGGACAUUUUUCAGGUGUAUUCAUAGGGCAGAGAUUUAGCACUAUCAUAUUGUAAUUUUAAACAAUUAUUUUAAAUAGUACUUAAGGGAAGACAACUUUAACAAAUAUUUUUACUUAGCCCCGAGGUAAUUGUUUUGGAAUUCUUUUUUUUUUAAGUUAUCUCUCUUUACCAUAUAAAAAUAUUUGAUUAAAAUGAAAUUAGUUUCAUACAUAUCAACCUUAUUUUUGUCCAGGUUGAAAUAGCUAGGAAACACACAAUCUAUUCAUUUUGGCCUUAGUCUUGUCUGGUUUGGUGUCUGAAUGAAUGAUGAGGCAAAUUUGACUGGUCCCCGACUUUUACAUACACUCAAAGUAUUGAUGACAUAUCAAAAAGCAUGGAUUUUUGUCAUUUAUGUAAGCGAUUUAUACAUAUUGUGGAUCAGUUUUAUUUUGUAUAUAUGCCAGGAUUUUAUAUUUAACUAGGUGCUGUGAUAUUUAUGCCGUCUGCCAGUAUUUCUAUUAAAGGGCAGGUAACUGCUCUUUAGAGUAAAUCAGGCAGAUUAUUUUUUUAAAUGUUUAAACCAAUGACAUUGUGAUUUAUAUGAAAAUUAAGAAGUAUUGUUUUGUUUUGUUUAUUAGAAAGUAUUGUUAUUACGAGCAAAGUUUGUAUAUAAAAUACUCAAUGUGCAAUUUGAUUAAAAAUUAUAAAACAUUGACAAUAAAAAAA